UCUAUAUUACCUAUCCUGUGUUAAUAUCCGUGCUUUCUGGGUUAUAGUUAUACAAUUCACAUAAAAUGUGAAACGCUAAGCAAGCACCAGGAAAAGAAAGCAUCAAAUCCUUACAAAUCUAAUGGGCCCACCCAAAUCCCUGUUAUGGCAGGUACGAAUGCCCUCUAGAAGGUAAUAACAGUGUCUCUUCUUGUUUAGCCAAAUGGUUGCCUCUUCCACAGUUCAUCUUAGAACCCAUGUAGUCUCUGAUUCACAAAAGGUGGGGUUGUUCCUUUCUCCUCUGCUUCUGAAGAGUUCCCCAAAUCAUAAUCUCCCUUAUAGAGGUGGCAUAGUCUCAAGAUCUAUAGACCUGGAUUUUUGCCCAACCCACCAACACACCACCCAAAAGUUAUCCUCAAAUCAUGCAAUGGGGAAGUCCCGCAGAAGCAGCAGCAUGAGGGUCCUCAAGGGGCUAUCUUUGUUUAGUGGAACAAUUGGUGUGAGGGUUGGGCAGUUGGAGGACGCUGUGGCAUAUGGAAGGGCUGAGUUUGAAAAAUUUUAUCGGUUGGCAGAAUUUGAUGAUCUGGUUAAGGACUGUGCUGCUUUGUUGGCCUAUGAACAACCACAGAAGUCCUCAGUUGGAUAUCUUCUUGAAGAAUCGCAACGAGAGCUUGUGGCUGAUGCAGUUAAUGCCAUGAUAUUAUCGACAAAUCCCAAUGGUAAAGAUGUAAGUUGUUGCCUGCAUUCAUGUCUAGAGAGGUUACUUAGGCAGCUAACUGCUUGCUUCUUGGAGAGGAGGUCCUUGAAUGGGGAUCAAGGUGAAGCUUUUCAUUUGCGGAGAGUACUUAACAAUGAUAAGAAGGGUUAA